AUGGCUGCUAAUGGAAAACUAGCUCUUCUAAGCGUGUCGGAUAAGACAGGCUUGUUACCUUUAGCAAAAUGCUUAUCCGAGAUUGGGUUGGGGCUCGUUGCCAGCGGUGGUACAGCCACAGCUAUCCGCAAUGCUGGCCUCGCCGUCACAGAGGUUUCUGACAUUACCAAGGCCCCCGAAAUGCUUGGAGGACGAGUAAAGACCCUACACCCUGCUGUCCAUGCUGGUAUUCUGUCUAGGGCUAUCCCAUCUGACCAGGAGGACAUGAAACGUCAGAACUUCGACAUGAUAAGCGUCGUCGUCUGCAACUUAUAUCCUUUCGUUCAAACUGUAUCAAAACCUGGUGUUACUAUUGCUGAUGCUGUUGAGAACAUCGACAUUGGAGGCGUGACCUUACUCCGUGCGGCGGCUAAGAAUCAUGACAGAGUAACUAUUAUCUGUGAUCCCAACGACUAUGAUGCAGUCAUGCAAGAAUUAAAACAAAACAACGACCAUCAGACCUCUUUGGAUACUAGGAAGCGACUUGCUCUUAAGGCUUUCACACAUACAUCGGAGUAUGAUCUCGCUAUCACAGACUAUUUCCGCAGACAGUAUUCUGCAGGACAGUCACAACUGACCUUGAGAUAUGGUAUGAACCCACAUCAGAAACCAGCUCAAGUGUUCACGACGCGCGACAAACUGCCUCUAACAACUCUGAACGGUUCUCCUGGCUUCAUCAACUUAUGUGAUGCACUGAACGCGUGGCAGUUGGUGAAGGAAUUGAAGGAAGCCCUCGGCUUGCCCGCAGCCACCAGCUUCAAACAUGUAUCGCCCGCUGGCGCCGCUGUUGGAUUGCCUCUGACUCAAGAAGAGGCGUCUGUAUGUAUGGUGGCUGAUCUUCUCCCGAACUUGACUCCGGUGGCGAGCGCGUAUGCUCGCGCGCGUGGCGCAGACCGCAUGAGUUCAUUCGGUGACUUCGUAGCUAUAUCUGACGAAUGCGACGCCAUCACCGCCCGUAUCAUCUCACGAGAGGUCUCAGACGGAAUCGUCGCACCUGGAUACACCCCUGAAGCCUUAGAAAUACUUAAAAAGAAGAAGGGUGGUAGCUACUGCGUUUUGCAGAUGGACCCUAGUUACGAGCCAGAUCUUAUGGAACAGAAGACUAUCUUCGGUCUCACUUUAGAACAAAAACGCAACGAUGCUAAGAUUACAGGGGACUUGUUCAAGAAUGUCGUUACUAAAAACAAUGUCCUACCCGAGAAUGCUGUCAGAGAUCUUAUUGUAGCUACUAUUGCUUUGAAAUACACCCAGAGUAAUUCUGUCUGCUACGCUAGAGAUGGACAGGUUGUAGGUAUUGGUGCAGGACAACAGUCUCGCAUCCACUGCACUCGGCUGGCGGGAGGCAAGGCGGCGCUGUGGUGGAUGAGGCGACACCCUCGAGUGCUCGCCAUGAAGUUCAAGCAAGGCGUCACCCGCGCCGUGCAAUCUAAUGCUAUCGACAACUACGUUAAUGGCACUAUUGGUUCAGACCUUCCUUUGGAGCAAUGGAACACCUUAUUCGAUGGGCAAGCUCCUGCUUUACUGACUGAGCAGGAACGCACUGAAUGGGUCAGCAAAAUGGACCGCGUGGCUCUAGCUUCGGAUGCUUUCUUCCCAUUCCGUGACAACAUCGACAGAGCUGUGCAGUGUGGAGUCGAAUACAUUGGCAGUCCAUCAGGCUCGAACAACGACCAAGAAGUGAUUGAAGCUUGCAAUGAGCACAAAAUUGUGCUUGCACACACCAACCUCAGGCUCUUCCACCAUUAA